GCUCAGCGGCCAUGGCUCACGGGCCCAGCCGCUCUGCAGCAUGUGGCAUCUUCCCGGACUGGGGCACGAACCCCCGUCCCCUGCAUCGGCAGGCGGACUCCCAACCACUGCACCACCAGGGAAGCCCGGAAGCCAACCUUUCUUAAAAGCGCCUCGCCGGAUUGGCCAAUUGCUGCUCCUUUUCUCGACUUGUGGGAGUUUGCAUGGGGAGCGGGGAAAUGGCGUACACUUGCCAAUCAGAGCAAGCCGGGGCUGGCCGACGGCGGACGGCGACCAAUAGACUGGGCAGGCCAGAGCGCGCUCCCUUAGUAGGUGGAUGGUGGUUGAAGCGCCGGCUCCCGUCUUGUCGUCGCCAUUUUGUGCUGGUGAUCGCGGCCGGCUGGGAGUAGGCGGCAGUGGGUUUCCAGGAGAGGGUAGCGCGCCUCGCGCUUCUCCCCUCCCUCCCAUCUCCGCCCUUCCCCCCCUCCUCCGCCCUUCCGCCCCUAGCCUCGGACUUGGUAGCUGCGCGGACCGGCUCCGGCUGAGCUGCGAGAGUUGGAGGAGGUGGCGGCGGGCCGAGGUGAUGUCCGAGAGCCCUCCCUUGACAGCCCGGGCCGAGAAGGUGAGCGUCGACGCUGGUCGUGGGGGCGGAGAGUCCCUGCAGGAGGCAUCACCCAGGCUGGCAGAUCAUGGUGGCAGCAGUGGGGGUGGCUGGGAAGUGAAACGGAGCCAGCGGCUGAGGAGGGGCCCCAGCAGCCCCCGCAGGCCCUAUCAGGACAUGGAGUAUGAAAGACGAAAGGAUUGCCCUCUCUUCCCUCCCCAUCCUUCUUUCCCCAGAGGGGGUCGUGGAGACAGGACUGGCCGUUACGGAGCCGCCGAUCGUUCACAGGAUGAUGGUGGGGAGAACCGCAGCCGGGAUCACGACUACCGGGACAUGGACUACCGCUCAUAUCCCCGCGAGUAUGGCAGCCAGGAGGGCAAGCACGACUAUGAUGACUCGUCCGAAGAGCAGAGUGCAGAGGAUUCCUACGAGGCCUCCCCGGGCUCCGAGACUCAGCGUAGGCGGCGGCGGCGGCACAGGCACAGCCCCACCGGCCCACCAGGCUUCCCCCGAGACGGCGACUAUCGGGACCAGGACUAUCGGACCGAGCAAGGGGAGGAGGAGGAGGAGGAGGAGGAGGAGGAGGAGGAGGAGAAGGCCAGUAACAUCGUCAUGCUGAGGAUGCUGCCACAGGCAGCCACUGAGGAUGACAUCCGUGGCCAGCUGCAGUCCCACGGCGUCCAAGCACGGGAGGUCCGGCUGAUGCGGAACAAAUCCUCAGGUCAGAGCCGGGGCUUCGCCUUCGUCGAGUUUAGUCACUUGCAGGACGCUACACGAUGGAUGGAAGCCAAUCAGCACUCCCUCAACAUCCUGGGCCAGAAGGUGUCCAUGCACUACAGCGACCCCAAGCCCAAGAUCAAUGAGGACUGGCUGUGUAAUAAGUGUGGCGUCCAGAACUUCAAACGCCGUGAGAAGUGCUUCAAAUGUGGUGUGCCCAAGUCAGAGGCAGAGCAGAAGCUGCCCCUGGGCGCAAGGUUGGAUCAGCAGACACUACCGCUGGGUGGUCGGGAGCUAAGCCAGGGCCUGCUGCCCCUGCCACAGCCCUACCAGGCCCAGGGAGUGCUGGCCUCCCAGGCCCUGUCACAGGGCUCGGAGCCGAGCUCAGAGAACGCCAACGACACCAUCAUUUUGCGCAACCUGAACCCACACAGCACCAUGGAUUCCAUCCUGGGGGCCCUGGCACCCUACGCAGUGCUGUCCUCCUCCAACGUACGCGUCAUCAAGGACAAGCAGACCCAACUGAACCGUGGCUUUGCCUUCAUCCAGCUCUCCACCAUCGUGGAGGCAGCCCAGCUGCUGCAGAUCCUGCAGGCCCUGCACCCGCCGCUCACCAUCGACGGCAAGACCAUCAACGUUGAGUUUGCCAAGGGUUCUAAGAGGGACAUGGCCUCCAACGAAGGCAGUCGCAUCAAUGCUGCCUCUGUGGCCAGCACUGCCAUUGCCGCGGCCCAGUGGGCCAUCUCGCAGGCCUCCCAGGGUGGGGAGGGUGCCUGGGCCACCCCCGAGGAGCCACCGGUCGACUACAGCUACUACCAACAGGAGGAGGGCUAUGGCGGCAGCCAGGGCACAGAGUCCUCUCUCUAUGCCCAUGGCUACCUCAAGGGCACGAAGGGCCCCGGCAUCACUGGAACCAAAGGGGACCCAGCCGGAGCAGGUCCCGAGGCCUCCCUGGAGCCUGGGGCAGACUCUGUGUCCCUGCAGGCUUUCUCCCGCACCCAGCCUGGUGCCACCCCUGGUGUCUACCAGCAGUCAGCAGCUGAAGCAAGCGGCAGCCAGGGCACUGCUGCCAACAGCCAGUCAUACACCAUCAUGUCACCCGCUGUGCUCAAAUCUGAGCUCCAGAGCCCCACCCAUCCCAGCUCUUCCCUGCCACCAGCCACGAGUCCCUCUGCCCAGGAGUCCUACAGCCAGUACCCUGUUCCUGACGUCUCCACCUACCAGUACGACGAGACAUCUGGCUACUACUAUGACCCCCAGACUGGCCUCUACUACGACCCCAACUCUCAGUACUACUACAAUGCUCAGAGCCAGCAGUACCUGUACUGGGAUGGGGAAAGGCGGACCUAUGUUCCUGCCCUGGAGCAGUCAGCUGAUGGGCAUAAGGAAACGGGAGCGCCCUCGAAGGAGGGCAAAGAGAAGAAGGAAAAGCACAAGACCAAGACGGCCCAACAGAUUGCCAAGGACAUGGAACGCUGGGCCCGCAGCCUCAACAAGCAAAAAGAAAACUUCAAAAACAGCUUCCAGCCCAUCAGUUCCCUACGAGACGAUGAAAGGCGGGAGUCGGCCACCGCAGAUGCUGGCUACGCCAUCCUCGAGAAGAAGGGAGCACUAGCUGAGAGACAGCACACCAGCAUGGACCUCCCAAAACUGGCCAGUGAUGACCGCCCAAGCCCACCGAGGGGGCUGGUGGCAGCCUACAGCGGGGAGAGUGACAGUGAGGAGGAGCAAGAGCGCGGGGGGCCGGAGCGGGAGGAGAAGCUCACUGACUGGCAGAAGCUGGCCUGUCUGCUCUGCCGGCGCCAGUUCCCCAGCAAGGAGGCGCUCAUCCGCCACCAGCAGCUCUCCGGGCUCCACAAGCAAAACCUUGAGAUUCACCGGCGAGCCCACCUGUCAGAAAAUGAGCUGGAAGCACUUGAGAAGAACGACAUGGAGCAAAUGAAGUACCGGGACCGUGCAGCUGAACGCAGAGAGAAGUAUGGCAUCCCUGAGCCGCCGGAGCCCAAGAGGAGGAAAUAUAGCGGCAUGUCUGCGGCCUCUGUGGACUUUGAGCAGCCCACGCGGGAUGGGCUGGGCAGUGACAACAUUGGCAGUCGCAUGCUCCAGGCUAUGGGCUGGAAAGAGGGCAGUGGCCUGGGCCGCAAGAAACAGGGCAUUGUGACUCCCAUUGAGGCCCAGACACGGGUGCGGGGCUCCGGCUUGGGUGCCCGAGGCAGCUCCUAUGGGGUCACCUCAACCGAGUCAUACAAGGAGACGCUGCACAAGACAAUGGUGACCCGCUUCAACGAGGCCCAGUGAGCAGCUGCAAGACCUACUUAUACUUAUGUUGGGUGUCCAGCCUGGAGCAGGGGAGGAUGAAAUGUUGGGUGGUCAGAACAGGGGCCCUGCACCUGUUGACUGGCCUAACUCCACAGCCAGAGAGGCCCUGACCAAGUCAGACUUUUGAGUUGGUGACUUUUAUUGGAAAACUGGGCUGGGUUCAUGUCUUUCUUUUUGUAAUAAAAGCUGAAAAGUC